AUGGGUUCCUUAAAGUCAUUCAUCAAGGCCGUGCGGAAGGCCAAGACCAUCGCCGACGAGAGGGCUGUCGUCAGAAAAGAAUCCGCCGCCAUCAGAACCUCCUUUCGUGAUGCUACCUUGGAUCAAACCACCCGCAGAAUCAACAUCUCCAAGUUGUUAUACCUCUACAUCAUGGGAGAGAAGACCCAUUUCGGACAGGUAGAGUGCCUCAAGGUGUUGGCAUCGCCCAGAUUUGCCGACAAAAGGUUGGGCUACUUGGCCACCAUGUUGUUUUUGGACGAGAAUCAAGAAGUGUUGACGUUAUUGACCAACUCGUUGGACAACGAUAUGCAACACCCCAACGCGUUUAUCGUGGGGCUUGCAUUGUGCUGCUUGGGAAACAUCGCGUCUCCCGAAUUGGCACGGGAUCUCUACACCAACGUCGAGAAAAUCAUCACCACCAACAAUACCUACUUGAGAAAGAAAGCGUGUAUCGUGGCAGCCAAAUUGGUGGAAAAGGAUCCUGAUUUGUCGGAGUUCUUCUUGCAGAAGAUUCCCCAGCUAAUCAGCGACAAGCAGCCUGCUCCAUUGUUGGGUGCGUCCAAGUUGAUCCAGUCGUUGUACUACGCCAGCGAAGAGAACAGACCUGCGUUGAUCAAGACGAUCCCAAGCAUAGUUGCCCACUUGAAGAGAGUCACCACCAGUGGGUACAUGCCUGACUACGACGUGAUGGGCACCACCGAUCCGUUCCUUCAAGUGUCGUUAUUGUCUACCUUGCGUAUCUUGGCUACCGACGAACAAUGCCCCGCAGAAUAUUUGGAGCAGGUCAACGAUAUCUUGACACAGGUGGCCUCCAACCUUGAAAGCGGCAAGAAUGCUGCCCAUGCCAUUUUGUAUGAAUGUGUCAAGUCCAUUUUUGCGAUUCAAUCGGACCAAUCCUUGAAAAUCUUGGGUGUGAAUAUCUUGGGUAAGUUUUUGUCGACCAAGGAUAACAAUACCAGAUACGUUGCUCUCGAUACUUUGCUCAGCGUGAUUAACAUAGAACCUUUGGCUGUUCAAAGACAUAGAUCUACCAUAGUCAGCUGUUUAUCCGAUGGAGACAUUUCCAUCAGAAGAAGAGCUUUGGAACUUUCGUUUGCAAUCUUGAACGACCAAAACAUCAGAGUUUUGGCUAGGGAAAUCUUGGUUUUCUUGGAAGGAAGCGCAGACAGCGAAUUAAAACCUUACGCUACAUCUCAAUUGGUUAUUGCGGCAAGCAAAUACUCACCUAAUGACAAAUGGCAUUUUGAUACUCUUAUUAGAAUGUUGAAGGUAGCAGGAAAUUACGUCACUUCCGAUAUCCUGUCAAACAUCUUGGCACUCAUCCUUCAAUGUAACGACGGGGAAUUGAAAAAGCACGCAGUCACAAAGUUGUUGUCAUCUUGUCUCGAAGACAUGUCUCAAUUUAGUUUGUCAUUAAUCACCAUUUGGGCGGUCGGAGAGUAUGGUGACAUUGUUUUGGGUUCUAACAUCGAAGUCAAUGGGAAACAAGUGCUCGUCGAUGAAAAGAAAAUUCUUCAACUUAUUGACGAUCUAAUCAACAAUUCUACAUACUCAGAAAAUGAGAAUGUACAGUUGAUCUCAUACAUUUUGACAUCCAUCUUGAAAUUGUCUAUUAAGUUCAAGGAUUCACAAUCAAUUGAGAAAUUGAGAUUGAUGUUGAAUUCCAGAACCUACGAUAGCAAUUUGGAAAUUCAGAUAAGAGCAGUGGAGUACCAAGAGAUCUUUGCCCAGGAUGCCAAAUUGAAGAAAGGUUUGUUGGCAAGAAUGCCAGCUCCUCCUGUCAAGGAAAGAGAGUCUUUAUCAUUGAACAACUCCUCCAACAAGAAGACCAAAUCUUCUUCUAGCCACGGAUCUGCUGGUACUUCUACUACAGAAGAUUUGCUACUCGAUUUGAUGGAUGAUGGUGGCAAUGCCCCUGGGGCUUCAACUACUCAAAAUCAGUCUGAUUUGUUAUCGGAUAUCUUUGGCAAUAAUGGCAGCACACCUGCUGCAGCAUCCCAAACCAAGAACUCAGCAAUUCUUGACUUGUUUGACACUGCUCCAUCUGUUCCUGCUCCUCCACCCAAGUCUUCCAGUGCUACAGCCAUUCCUGCAUUCAACAACGACAACAUUAAGGUCUCCUUCACUCCUAAAUCGUUCACACAGAAUGGCCAAGCAUUGAUAGAAGCACAGGUGGACUCCAAUGCUUCAUCGGUCAUUGAGCACUUGCAAUUGCUCAUUGCGGUGCCAAAAACACAAAAAUUAUCCAUUUCUUCCACAUCUGGCGGCGAUUCGAUUACCCCUGGGGGGCCAUCAAUCUACCAAGUAUUGAAACUAGCUGGAAAGGAGGGUGCCAAAAUCAAGUUGAGAGUCAAGGUUAAAUACUCGUUGGAUGGACAAGUCCAAGAAGAUCAAUUUGAUUUUGCUGGCUUCAGCCAAACUUUAUAG